AUGAACAUGGCAAAACGUUUUCUUCCUCUCUUCUCAACUAUACUUCUUCUUGCGGUCACAGUUACAGAAUCCGAAGCUUACUCCACAACGACGCCGUUCCAAGGUCGUAAGCCGGAGAAACUCACCCACCUCCACUUCUACUUCCACGACGUCAUCUCCGGUGACAAACCCACCUCCAUCAGAGUCACCACGCCCCCCGUCACAAACUCCUCCUCCGUUUCAUCAUUUGGUGUGAUUGUGAUCGCGGAUAACCUGUUGACUGAGGGACCCGACCCGACUUCGAGGGAAGUGGGGAGAGCUCAGGGGAUGUACGCGUCGACGGACCUGAACAUCAUAACCUUCACAAUGGUCUAUAACUUGGUGUUCACGGAUGGAGAGUUUAACGGCAGCACCGUCGCGAUGUAUGGACGGAAUCCGAUAUUGUCAAAGGUGCGAGAGCUACCGAUCAUCGGAGGCACCGGUGCGUUCAGGUUCGCUAGCGGCUACGCGCAGCCCGAGACUUAUAAGCUUAGUGGUUUUGAUGCCGUGGUCGAGUAUAAUGUCUUCAUUAGGCAUUAA